AUGGCCUUGAUCGAUGCUAAGUUCCAGUCAUGGGCUACCAUCAAGGAAAAUCUGCAAACUGUUGUCCGAACUUCGGAUCCACAGGACAUGUGUGUAACAAUUCCCUACGGUCUACAGUUGUACCACAGCAUGCAUCACCCCCAUGUGGUGCGUUGUUUAGCAUUCUAUCACUCCACGGCUAGGGAUGUUUACGUCACACACAUCGACACUGGAGCUUGCAAUGAGAUCUAUGUCUGGACCAUCAGUAGUUUAGAUGAAAACGCUGUGAAGUGUAUCAAGUUUCCCAUGAAAGCUGCUAUAUCCAGAAUGAUAUACAUUGCUCAUCACAGGGUGUUUGUUGGAUUCUGCAAUGAUAUGACGUUACGCACGUUUAGCGAUCUGAUACAUAACUGUGCUGAGUUGACUCAAAUAACAUGUCUCUCCACCGUGCUUUGUAUGGCAUAUAAUGAGUGCAACGAUGAGCUAAUAACCGGAGGUCAUGGCUGCCUUCAAACCUGGAAGAUGACUCACAUUGAGCUUCGGGAUCCCUUGACACCUGGUCGUCCAAUGGAAUGUCAAAUCACUCCUAAUGACUGGGUUCGUGAUCUUCAGAUAGACAAGAAACAUCGUCAGCUUGUUGUCCUGUGUGAUGAGGGGGUAUGCAUUAUUGACUAUCAGACCAACAAACAGGUGUUCUUCAUUCGUAAUUGGCACGAGACGGCACUGACGAGCUGCGUGUUCUACCGCCGUCUUGAAUACUUCAUCACAGCAGCCAUGGAUGGAUCUAUUAAAGUAUGGAAUGCUGUGGUGUAUAGUCAGGUGCAUGAGUUCAUUGGUCAUUAUGACUGUGUCACAGGUCUAGUGAUGCAUCCCACUGAUCCGUUGUUGAUCUCCAGCUCAAAGGAUGGAACCAUUAGAAUGUGGCGCUUAGAUACCUUUGAACUGACCCAAAGGCUGGAUGUUGGAGAGAAGAUUCUUGGCAUGCGAAUAGCCAAUCAUAAUCAGUUAUACUACCAUACCCUCCACGAUGUCAAAGUCUACAACUUCAAUCAAUUCCACCAUAUCUUCACUCCAGUGCAGUCUUGCAUUCACAAACUAGCCAAGGUCAAAACCAAAACAGCACCCACAAGAAUUCUAUGUGCAGCAGAGGAUGGUGGUGUUCGCCUCAUCUCAGCUGUGUCUGGGACCAUAUUGACAAUCAUUUACCCAAUGGCGACUUACCAGGUUCUAACUGACCUCGUGUAUGACCCUAAACAUGACGUAAUCUACACAGUCAUGGCAACCGGUGAUGUUUUAGUGUUUGAGAGUGGUACUAAUCCAUGUACAGCCAAUCAGUUGUGGAUACCGGGCCUUCCUGAUGAGUGUGUGUUAUGUCUGGCUCUGGUCAAACUGGAUUGUGCUCUUGGUAAGCAGGAAUCCUCCAGCGAGUCUUUAAUCUUUGCCGGACUCAACAGCGGUCAGAUCAUUCUCCUUGAAGCUCAAGAUCACUUCAUGAAGAUACCGGUCAAGGCACACCUCGGUCACGUCACCGUGCUGGAAACAUCUCAUGGAUUGUGUGAUGGAGAGAAUAAUGGCGUCGGAGGGGCGGAUCGGCUGCUGUCUUGCGGCUCAGACAAGAAUGUGUGUGUGUGGGCCAUUGAACUGUCUGGAACCAAGAACUUGAAAGUAAAUCUGACGUGUAUGAAAAUGAUCACAAGUUCUCUUUGUCCAUCUCAUGUGUCCAUGCUACAAAACUCACUCUGUAUGGUUCUACCUAACAAUGAUAUCCACGUGUAUGAACUUCUUGAUACGGUUGAAGAGACUGCAGGAGAGAAGGAUGAGAAACAUUGUACGACAUCUAAGAUGCUGAAGAGUGCUACGAUGUAUACACAUCUCAAGGAACACAACCACACCAAGAUGGUGACCGCCUUAUGUAGCUGUCCAUCACUUGGUAUCUUUGCAUCGACCAGCAGCGAUGGAUCAGUCAAGUUAUGGGAUCUGACAAACACGUUGGUGAGGGAGUUAUGCUUUGAUCCGUCACUACGCAGUGUCUGCUUUGCUAACGAUAGAGGAGAUCUACUUGUUGGUUUCCAAAAUCAUGUCAGCUACAUCAGCAUCUGUACAUACCUGCCUCUGUCUUACAUGGAGAAAGUCAUCGAGAUGGACUUUAAGGACGAGGAAAUAGAAGAACCAAUCAGAUUCAACCCUGACCUCCAACUCUGGUUUAAUAUAUCCAGCCUGCCUACUUUCCCAACGGACAUCAUCCUCCGACGUCAUAUGCAACAAUCCAUGGAUCAUCUGCAAAAGCAUCUCCAGAGUAUAGGGCCCCCUGGAGACAGAGGAGACAGUGAGGUUAUAUCAACCCUGGCUCCAGCCCUGGAUGAGCCUAAGGCAGUGUCUGUCCCUUCGGUGAGACAAUGCCAGACAAAGCACCAUGCUCGAUUCAGCAUCUUCAAACCCUCCAUCAUCGAAGACGUUGUCAUACCAGAGACUCCAUCAGAUGGAGCUGUUAAAUCUCAGCAGAAAGAAGAGAAGGACGUUUCUCCACAGGUCAAAGAUGAUGCCGAUGAUGCACCUUCAGCCACUGAGGAGGAGGCUCUGGUACAAGACGGCGAUGAAGAUGAGAGCAGAGAGGAGGCGGAGCUUGGAGGACUCCUUGAGGAGGAGAAGGAGGAGGAGGAGUAUAAUCCAUGGCCAAUAGCACCAGAUGGCUAUAUUCCUAAUUCAGUGAUAAAGAGCAUCAUGGGAUAUCAUCACACCCUAGAGCCAAUCCCAGAAUCCCCAUGGAAACCAAAAGCAUUUGAAGUCAUGACGAAGACAUCCGCAGAGUCAGAUUCUUGUGACAAGCCGUUUACCUGGGUCCCAUCUUCAUCUGAAGAGGAGGAGGAACUGGAUUAUCUAUCCUACGAAAGUCUUCAAGAUGAAGCCUCGAGGACAAAGUUCUUCCAGGACCUGGGCAUGGCCGACAUGAGCGAUAAACAACGCAGGCAAACACUGGCCAAACUGCAGUUGUCUGGGAUGGGACUUCCAGGGAAGGUGGCCAUUCCUCAACUUGAACUUCUGGGCAAGAAGGGAAAAGGAGGGAAGCAGCGAAGGAAGUCCCGAGGAAUUAACACAAAAGAAGCAGCCAUUGUGAGAAGAAAGGUAAAGAUGAAAUCUUCUGGGAUGACGAUGGAGGAUGAUUCCGGGGAUGAGGAGGAGGAGAUUUUCCCAGACGACGGGACUCCAAAGCUUCUUAAGCAGAUUGCGGCCAACGUUUGGUUUCCUAGAGGCAUCUCACUACAGGUUGAACCUGUAGUUCGGACACUGUUGGAUCUCCUUGAUGAUGUAGCAGAUCUUCAGUACAGGCAUGUAUGUGAGGCCCUCGUCCAAAUAUACAAACAUCUUGGCAUGAGUGAUCUUCUCUUAGAGACCGUCUUGACGAAGUGCCGCACUCAGCUGAAGAGCAGUAAGGCCAUCGUCCGAGCAAACACUGUCAAGACACUGACGAGCUUUGGUCUCGAUCGUCGAGAUGUCAUCUUGAGUCUCCUACCUGCUCUUGCUGAUUGUGAGGAGGAUGUGAGACAGGAAACUGUAAAAGCUGUUGACGCUCUGGCUGGAAUACAAGGUAGAUCUGGUUUAAUGGGAUACCUGGAAAAGAUUGGUUUCCUACGAACAUACCAUGGACAGGAGGAGGUGAUACAAGAACUAGCCCGACGCUACACCCCCGACCCCACCCAUCAUCGGCCCUCCACCCUACACCCCUCCCGCAUCCAGCUGUUAGCUCGCAGGAGGAACAACGAGGAAGAUGUGUUACCCAUCGAAGGCCUACCUUGUGUUUCUCCGGUCAUAAAUGUAGAUAACUGGCUGUCACAGUAUCAGAUGGAAUUGGGUAGGCGGCCCAGUGAGGACCUUUCAUUUGAUGAUGAACUUUCUGGAACGGAGACCCUCCAGCCUUGGAGAGGCAAAGUGUCAAAUAUGCAAAGGAAGUACAUGCCAUUACCUGACCAGAGGGUAAGAAAAACAUGCAAACAGCAACAACGCCCCACUGGAAACAGAAGAGCCUCUGUACACCCAGCUCCCACUGGAAGACUUAAACCAAUUCCAAGGGAUCAGAAACCCGAUGAGAUGCGCAGAAAUGAUGAAUGGCUCCCUCAGAUGCCGGUCGGGAAAGAGGAUGGAGCGUCGUCUUAUGAUCGCUCCAUGAUACUGACACACGGACGGAAGACAAAACACGCUCAGUUACUUCAAGCUCAUGAUGAGACGAUUGGCCUAGAGAAAGAUCAGAUGGUGUACAAAAUGCAGGCUAAGCUUCACUGCCAUCAUGAACACUACGAGAAACUCAAGCAACUUCAGCAAGCAGAACGAAGACGUAAAUCCAGUUACAUACCAAGCAACUCCCGCUUCUACACAUACUACAGCAGACAAGCUCAGAUUCAUCCUUCAGACUCUGAUGAGUGGGAGACAGACACGUCACAAGAGUGGAGUAAUACCGCCCUCCAGAGGGUCAAAGCUGUCAUCGAGGCAUUCAGCAAAAUGCCAUCUAAACCCCUCAUACCUUUCUGGGAGUUACCAAGCGAGUCAGGGGUCGGUGGGAGCAGCCUUCUUGGGACCAGUAUGCCUAAGAUGGAUGGAGAGGACAAAGGGAGGCAGGGAGAAGUGGAAGGAAGUAGUGGAUUCUUCACAGAGGUUGACCUCUUGGGUCAGGGGUCAAUGCCAGAGAGACCAAUGUCUAAACUGACUGUGAGGAACUUGCAGAAACACGAUGCCAUCAGCGGGAAGGCUAAAGUGGUGCUGGAUGAUAGUACCCUUUCCACUAACACAUAUACAAGCCAUCAGAUUCAGAAAAACUGGAGGGAAUUCUUCAGUUUGCCCUUCGUCCAACGACGCAAGAAACAAAAGGGUGCACUGCCAUCCCACAAUGCACCAGCCAGCUUCCAACCAAUCAAAUGCAUUUCAUCAAAGGUCAAGGUUGAAAGUGCACAGGGGGAAAAGGGUCAGAGGUUAUUGGACGAGGUCUUUGUGGACCCAAAGAGGGUGGAGAAGAGGGCGGGGCAGGGGGAGGUUUUCUGUACUCCAGUUCCGGAAAAAUUGACAAUCGAUACCAAAAACAGAUCAAGUGGGGUCAGCCAGUACGGGAAUCUGGAGAUGAGUUGGACUACGAAAAGUCCAAUUAGAGAUAAAGAUGUCAAUGGUCGUAAGGUUGUCUCUUUCACAACAGUGGUCCCAGAUUAUAGGGACAAGGAGCAACGGAAACAAUGGCUGCAGCAACAGAUGCUCUAUCCUUCACUCUAUCAGAUGAGGAUCUUAGAUGAAAAACGCAAAAGGCGUGCCACGAUGGUCAACGCCCAGCAGAAGUCUCCCCAUCUACCUCUCCUUCAACGACAUUCCUCCACUGGGUUAAAGAGACUCCAGUACCGAUGGUCAUCUCCAGAGCCAGUCGUCUGCUCUCAGAAACUCAACAAGAAGUCGUCAGUGAGAAAACCAGAGCCAGCUAGGAUACAGGAGAGGGAAGAAACAGUGGAAAAGGAGUCCAAAAUAAAGAAGACGCACAUAUACCUUCCAUAUCUUCCAUAUGUGGGAACGCGGAUGCCAAUCGUGCCACAUAACUCCACCAUCUCUCACCAAAGCUCGAUGAAACUUCCCAAGAUUAAGCCAGCAUCAGCUGGGAGCAGUGUAAGAUAUGUCGAUGAUUUACCACGCUUGCAGGAGAAAGUAGAGGGCUGUGUGACAAAUCCUAUCACUAUACCUCAAGAAUGACGAGUACGCUAGGAUAAUUUUGGGGUACAACGACUGGGGGUCGGGUCUGGGGUUCAUUAAAUUGGGGGUAGGGAGGGGAUUCAAAAAAUGUACGGGGGCAAGGCAACUUUUAAGGGGUGUCGGGUACAUAUGAGGGUUCCCUUUUUACUUGAAUUUUUAAGGUCAAAGGUGAAGGACGAAUGGUUAUUACUUGUCCGAUACAUACCUGCCAACUGUUCCUCUAUUUAAAUUGAAUUUUCCAGAUUUUUUAGAUUACAAGAGGCAAUCAGAACAUUCCUAUUUGUGACAAGAUACGAGCAAUGACGAGAUAAAAAAGUUCCUGUAAUAGAGAGUGCCACUUGUAGUGAUGUAAUAUAAUAAGCUUUACUCGCACGACUUUUUGUGUCGCUAUACGAGGACUCGUGAAACUGUUGUUUCAUAUUUCUGACGUUUCAAUGUUGGCAGGUAUGCAAUAGUGCUAUUUCAAAUGGCCUUAACUACAUUUGAUAUGUCUGGGUGUUCCGUUUUGUAAGGGGCAAUUGCAAUU